AUGGCAACUGUGAAGCAGCUAAUCAUUUUCUCAGUUGUGCUCUCAGUUAAAGCAUCCAGUGACGUGUAUAAGCUGGUUAACAGUGAAGUUCAACUGGACACACAAGAUAAAACCGAUCAGUUUGAGAUAUUCAGGUGGAUGUUUAAGAGUGACACUAUUCUGAGAUACUUCAGUGGGAGUAAAUCCUUAACGAAGUAUGACGGUUAUAAAGACCGGGUGGAGUUUAAUAAUAAAACACUGAGUUUAACACUGAGGAACCUACAGAAGAAUGAUAGUGGACCGUAUGAAGCAAAAGCUGAAAGUAACAAGGAUAAACUUGUGGCUCGUUACACACUGCAUGUUUUGGAUCCAGUGAAAGAACCAGAACUUACUUCUGUUUACCAGCAGAGCAGUGACUCCUGUAAUGUGAACUGUUUAGGUCUCACACACUCAAUCACCUCAAGCUUUGACAAGAAAACCUGUGAGGAGAGUGAGACAUUAACUGAUGGUGUCUCCUAUACACUUUCUCUCUGUGUUAAUGGCAAUCAAGUCAUCUGUAAUCAUAGCAACCCAGCCAGCUCAAAAGUGACUUCGAAGGAGAUAAAUCAACUCUGCCCUCAUGAGCCUAAAUCCAAAAGUGAUGCUAUCACUACUACAGGUGUAUCUGUUUGCCUGCUGAAGAUCUGUAUUCUGUGGGUCUGGUUCUCAUGGUGUCUGCAGUGAUCACCGUCCACAUUAGAAAGUGACUCAUCAAACCAAAGAUAGAACAACACAGAGAAUAAACUGCUUUUCAAUCUAUACACAAUUAAGUGUUAUCUUAACUCCUUUUACAACCUAUCUGGGAUAGGUAGAACCAACCUAGGGACACCAGAAACUGGUAACCUAAAUCUACUUCCUCCAUUGGGUAUCCAAAUCAAGCAUCCUUCACUUUGGAAUCCUUCAAGUCUGGACUUUUAAAGACCAGAGACCAAAGACAAUUUACUCCCCUUAACCAAACACACACACACACACACACACAUACACUUAUACACAUACACACCUGGAAUUCCAGUGACCAGAAAGUGACUGAUCUAUUUUUAAUUCAUAUUUCCUGGUAAUUUCUUCUUUAAAAAUGCCAGUGGUGCCCCAUAAUUGUUCAUAAGCUAUUAAUUGCUAACAUCCUUUCUUCAACAAUAUACAGAAUAUAAUGUGUUUAUAAUGGCUACAUUUAAAUAAACAAAUACACCUGUAAGUUUGUGUCUUAACACUCGUGUAGUUUUAACAUUCUUUAUACUCCCCUUAGGGUCCUAGGGGUAAAAAAUGACCCAUCCUCCUAAAAUAAAGCAGUUUACUGAAAAUUUACAAUCAAAACCUACUUUGCAUAUAGAAACCACCUGUUAUUCAUCACACACUUUGUGAAUAUCUGGGGUCACUCUAGGAAAAAUCUCAAAUCUCAAGUUGAAAUAAGAUUAAUAAGCCACAAGGCUUAGUCACAUCCCUCCUCU